CUGCCAGUCUACCAGAAACAAUGCAAAAUUGCAAACAACUAGCCACCUACGCAGCGUCGCUUCAGACUGGCGAAAAGAACGCACGUGAACCAACCCAAUUCCUUCGUCUCAUAAAUGUGUCGUCACAGCAACAACAAACAUGGAGGAAUAUGCCCGUGAACCUUGUCCCUGGAGAAUAGUAGAUGAUUGUGGUGGUGCAUUCACCAUGGGGACAAUUGGCGGAGGGGUAUUCCAGUCAAUCAAGGGCUUUCGGAACGCUCCUGUGGGCUUUCAGCACAGACUAAAAGGUAGUGCCAAUGCUGUGAGAAUAAGAGCUCCACAGAUUGGCGGUAGCUUUGCUGUGUGGGGUGGACUUUUCUCAACGAUCGACUGUGGUCUGGUCCAUAUUCGAGGGAAAGAGGAUCCCUGGAACUCUAUAACUAGUGGAGCGAUGACUGGGGCAGUCUUGGCUGCACGCAGUGGGCCCUUGGCUAUGAUGGGGUCAGCUAUGAUGGGGGGCAUCCUACUGGCCCUGAUCGAGGGCUUUGGGAUCCUUCUCACCAGAUACACAGCACAGCAGUUUCAGAACCCGAAUCCCUUUGUGUAUGACCCCAGACAGCUUCCUCCGAAGGAUGCCAGCCAACAGCAGACUGGGUUCCAGUAGAACCCAACUUGGUCUGGAGCUACUGAGCCUAGCUACAGCCCUACAUACUGUGACAGUCUCUGACUAGAGAGGCGCUCUAUCACCUGACCACACAGGUGUCAGCAUCCUCAGGGGAAUGGAAAUAUCUAAUCUAAGCCCCCAUCCUCUCAAUGGCAAUAAGAAUGUAGAUGCACUUUAGUGUUAUUCCUCAGGGCUAGAUUACAGUUGAUUUGAGUUAUUUAUGAAUAUAUGUUUGUGUAUACCGGUACACCAGUGUUCCUUCUGAGUAGUCCCGAAUAAUACACACUUUUAUCAGAUACAUUUAUGGUGACUGUAAGAAUGUUGGUGCUUUAUUACCACAGCUACAGAAAUAGAAUGGGUAGCUGAAAAUGUAUAGGCAUUAAUACAGGCAUACAAGUAUGGGAUGCCAAGAUUUAGGAUUAGAAAUUCCCUCAAUCUUAUCAGAAGUGUGUCAGUUAUGGCACAAUCAAUGCCGUUCAAAACGGAUAUAUUUUCUCUUGCUUUUAAAAUGCAAUGCACUGAGGGAGGAGAACUGCACUAUCAUUUCAUUUCCUCUCCUCUUUUAUAAUUGUAUGGCUUAUAAGGGUCUGUGUCACAUCACAAAUGUGAUGGAAUGGCAUGUCAUGACCAAAUACAGUCACGGCUCAUUUGUUCUGCUGUUUAUGUCACUACCUUCAUUGGAUGCCUGCCACUAUGCCAUGGAUUACUAGACAUUCCCACCAUCUAAGCACUAUAAGGUCUAUCCACUUUGAUGAACCAAAGCACUUUCUUACUCCAUCUCUGUGUUAUUGUGUUGAGAAAAAUGAGAUGGUUUUGUGACACAAUGAAGAUAUGUUUUGUAAUGUAUAGAAUGCUGUACAAUAGUUGUUUGUUUUAAUGUAUUUAUGAUGCAGAAAAAUAAAUGUUUACAGUGUAAUUGACUGGGAAAAUUA